CACGGUCACGCACAGUCACCCCCCGGCAGCAACGGAGAUACCGAGCCAGGAGACUGCGUCCACGAGCCACGCGAGGCAAAUGGAGAUGUCAGCGCACCAUCAGCCCACGGGCACGGUGAAGAGGAAGAGAUGGGGUGGUCUGAGGCAGCAGUGGAAGCUUCUGGGAUUAUUUGAGAUCGAUCCGCAGCACGAGUUUUACAGCCUGACCUGCAUGAUGAAGGAUGGGCUGGCUGCAGCCACGCAGAGCAGCGUCGACAGCGCACCCACAGCUGAACUGACAGACGAUGAUUUCACUCUGCAGGCCACUCAGAUUCACAAGGACUUUACGAUGGAGACGUUUGCGGGACCCGUGUUCGCCAGCCUUCGUGGCUCUCUGGGAAUGUCGGAGCAGGAGUACCAGCAGUCGCUCUGCUCGGAAAACUGUUACCUCCAGUUCAUCAGCAACUCCAAGAGCAAGGCCGACUUCUUCUUGACAAAUGAUAAACGCUUCUUUUUGAAGACCCAGAACAAAAGGGAAAUCAAAUUCCUUUUGGCCAACCUGAAGAUCUACAUGGAACACCUGAGGAAGUACCCGCAUUCACUGCUGGUCAAGUUCCUGGGUGUGCACAGGAUCAAAAUCCCUCACAAACGGAAGAAAUACUUCAUCGUCAUGCAGAGUGUGUUUUAUCCAGACGAUAGAAUCAACGCCAGGUACGACAUCAAGGGCUGUGAGGUGAGCCGUUGGACCGAGCCGGCGCCAGAGGGAAGCCAGAUUAUCGUUGUCCUCAAGGACCUCAACUUUGAAGGCCAGUUCGUCACUCUGGACCGGCAGCGUCCCUGGCUGCUGCGGCAGGUGGAGAUUGACACACACUUCCUGCGGAGGCUCCAUGUGUUGGACUACAGUCUCCUACUGGCCCAUCAGCCUCUCCACCAAGACGAACGCCAUCAGAGCCUCUCCUUCGCUACGCUCAUCAUGAGAACCAAAAAGUCUGUGAAUCCAGGCUCCAGCCCGGUCCACUCGGGCACUGCAGCUGUCCCUGGUGCAGUCCCAGAAGAGGACUCGGUCUUACUUUUGUCUGAAGUAGAGGGUGGCCGUUUGAAGCCAGAAGAUGCUUCAGGCGGAGGAACUCUUCAAACAUGCCCUGAGCAUUCAGGGCUGGACGGGGACGCAUCUGAGCUUCCAGACUUCAGGGCCCAAAACCGCCGUUUAUUGCCCAACUUAAAGAAUCCUCUGCAUGUCAUCGAUGGGCCGGAGCAGCGCUACUUCAUUGGAAUCAUUGACAUUUUCACAGUUUACAGUUUUAAGAAGAGGCUGGAGCAUUUUUGGAAGAGGCUGAGGCAUCCAGGCCGAUCCUUCUCCACCGUAAGUCCACAGACUUACUCCGUCAGGCUUUGUCACUGGGUACAGGACCACACCAAGUAGAGCAGGGAGGCCGAUUUCCAAACAGCUGCUUGAUAAACCAAAGCUCCCACUCCUGAGUACACAGACUGUUGGGUUUCAGGCUUCUUGAAGCCACGCAAAGUUGCUUAAGUGUAACCAUUAGGUCAGUUCAGUCUUUUCCCAAACUUGUACUUUCUACCAAUAUUCACGAUGAGCCGCCAAACUGUCAAUGAGUUACGGCUAAUUUUCUGCUAAGCCCCGCCUGCUGAGAUUGAAAAGAUGGCAGAGUGUAUGUCAACCAGUCAUUGCUCAUGUAUAAACUAGCAUCAUACCUUAAUGGUUUAGACCCUUAACUAUCAUAGAGGCUGCCAAUCUCAAAUGAAGGCCCAGAUUAAAAAUGAAAGCAAAAGAAACAAAUGUACACAGUCUGCCGGUGGGUUAGGGUAAAGGAACACUUCUGCUUUUUGCCAGAAUAUAACAGAAACCAACAUUUGGUGGGUUUGUCACGAGACAGGAUUUAGUAUUUUGGUAGACUUAAACCGCAGACAUUAUCCACUGUGGUUGCCUAAACUUAUUUUUGGUAAAAUAUUCCAAUACUCAGCAUCCCAGUGUGUUGUCACUCGGGACCAGUUUGAGAAUGAUCUCAUCAACUUUGUUGAAAGUAACAUUAACCAAGUUUUGUAAUAUUUGAACAAAGACAUUGAUUUAUUCCACGACCUGUGCCAACCCCACACUCUUGAUCAGCACCCUUUUACUGCCGUGAUUCCAGGACCAGUGUUGCCAGAUGGAAAAUACAGCAAUAUCGUACUGCGACUUUAAAAUGAUCGUAAUCAUUUAAAGUAUCGAACAUAUUUAAAAAAAGAAACAUGCCCUCAAUACCACACUGAAUGGCAAAACUAUGCCCUGCACACCAUAAGAAUGUAAGUAACAAAUGAACACAUUAUUCAAGUGUUGAUUUUUGGCUCCGCCUCCAGCCGCUGUGAAGCUAAGCUAGUAGCAUCUUAAAUUGUUGUGACAUGCAUUUUCCUACAGUCUGUCUGGCAUAAGGAACCACAAACGAGUCAGGGCAUCAGGUGAUGACUCAUCUGGCAGCAGAGUGGCGGGUCAGGUGUGGAUGUGAAUCAACACUAGAUGUCACAUAUUUGGAAAAAGUGGCAUGUUAGUUUUUUCAGUUUCUUGUCACACACUUGUUAUUCGGAAUCUCUUGUAGCCUUUAUUUGAGAGAACUUCUUUAAAAAUAUUGAAAUCUGUGUGACUGACAGUCUGCUUGUAACGUUAUCCUGAGUCAUAAAACAAAGGGGAGGACCCACGUGCAGAAAAGAAAACUAAUGUAUUUAUAAAAAAAGUCAAAAAGAAAAGCUUAUUGUAACCCCCAAUCCCCACAUACUCUGUGCAUGCCACGGUCUGUCAGCGCUGUAGUUCGCUGCCACUCUAGUCCGGGGCGCUACUUGUCAACAGGCAAGGCAGGCAGCUGCUUGGGGCCCCAGACCAGCAGGGGGCCACUGAUGGCAGACAAACUUUGAACCAAAAAACCCAAAAUGUGCAAAUUUUGCCAAUGACAGUAGGAAACCUCCCUGAGGGGGGCCCAUCUGCCAGCAUUCACUCUCAUUGCCCUGCUGAACGCUGAACACCGAAUUAACAUUUGCCUAGGGCCCCAACAGAUUCUAGAAUCACCACUGACUCUGGUCAUUGAUUGUGUUUUCAACGCGCACGGACAUUGGUGCUGCUUGUCAACAGGCAAGGCAAAAAUUUGCAAAUCUUGCAAUGACAGUCGGAAACCUCCCUAGGGAGGCCCCAUCUGACCGCACUUACUCUCAUUGCCCUGCUGUACACUGGUUGAAGGGCCACCCAAUUGAUUUUUGCCUAGGGCCCCAAAAGACUCUAGAAUCGUCACCUCGAUGGAGUUUGUGGGUAUUGGGGUUAAGGCGCAUUCACACUAGGCAACGAAAGGGCUCAAUAGAAAAAAUAAUAAUAAUUCUUUAAAAACAUUAAACAGUUUUAUAUAUAUAUAUAUAUAUAUAUAUAUAUAAAUGUAUGUAGCAGUGAGUGUAAUGUGUACGUAUGUACGAGAAGGGAAAAACUUGAAGGUGCAGUGAAAUGCAACGAGGUAUGAACCAGCUACUUUUACUUUAAGAUUUCCAUCCGCUAACAUUUCUCUUGGUGCUUUUGGUGCAUUCAUGUGGUGUCGGACACAUAUUCAAGUUGUAAAAUGCACAUGAACGCCUGCCCAAGUCGGAACAACAACUCGAAAUCUUGGGUAAGAAUUAGCUACCUGACUGGACGUUUUGAUCGUCAUCUAAAAAUGUUUUGUUAAUGUUACGGUAUUUUUGAUGAGUUCAUGUAGUGCACAUCAACUUUUUGCUCAAAAGAACGACGGUUCUUGCUUUAAAGGAGUCCUUCUUAUUGGUCUGCCUCUUGCCCUUAAACAAGUGGAUCUUUCUGUAAUGAUGUACAGUAACUAACCACUUACUGGAGGUACCAUGUUUGUGUGUGUUGGUGUGCGAGUGCGUGCACGAUGCUCUGUACAAAAGUACAUGGGGCCAAAAUGGACGCGAAAUGACGCAUGGGGUGAUGAUUAAUCAUUCAAUUUCACAAAUUGCAUGCCUCAUCAUGUCUGCACAUAUUGUGAAAUAUAUGCAAUUAAAACAUUUUCUCCCUGCACUGGUUGGAUGUAUAAACCUUCUGUACCCUUUUUUGACUUACUCACUGUGGAAAACAAUUCCAAAUAAGAGAGGUGCCUUUUGAUCUACCUGGUUUCUCAGAAAAGUGCCAGUAAUUGUGCAGCUGCAUGGCCACAUUUACAUAAUAGUUUAUUUCUGUUUAUCUAUUUAUUUCUGUCUCCUCAAUGAUCAGCUCGGAAUAUCGAGAGACAUUAAAUGACUACAAUAUGUUUGGUAUUCAUGUUGUGUAAACACAUUUUGAAAUCCUAUCUACGUCAUGGCUGUUGUUAUCUGAUGCAAUGUGAAGCUGGGAUGCUGUUGCAGUUUCACAAUGUUCUGUUCCAGGUGUCAAGUUGUAAAACUGUUAUAACAGAAAUGAACGAUCAGACCUCCAUACAACAAACAAACAUUUUAAGAUUUAUUUUUGGGCUUUUUGUGCCUUUAAUGGAGAGAGAU